AUGCAAAAUCAGAUGCUUCCUCAUGCUUCUAUGAACAGAACACAAGGGAAUGCCCUGAACAUUCCAGUAAACUUGCUUGUCAACCUGGGUCCACAUACUUCAGUGGGUGACUCCAACCUAGUGUGUACUGCGCUCCAACCCCCUGGUGCUAGAUAUGCAUCCUCACAAUCGCAAGAAGAUUGCCUUGUUCGUACUGAGAACGAUAUGUACAUGAUAACUGGGCGAUACAGUAGAUCUUCAGAAGAUCCAUUACAAGCACACACUGGGGGUGGAGCUCAGCAUGUAUCUGGAGUCGAUGACCAGCAUGAUAUAGAGCUUGAACCUUUUGUUGACAACCGUUUUUCAGAAAGCUUGAAUGAUUUGAACUGGGACAAUGAAAUGCAGACAGAAGCAGGAGGAAACAAAAACGGCUCUAUGGUGUCAAAUGAGAUUGCUUCUGACAAUGAUUCUGAUUCCGAGGAUGAUCAUUCUCCAGCGUUGUUGCAAAAAGCCUCUGAGAUUACUGUUACAACUGCUGGAGAAGAAGAAAACAGUGGUGCAGCUGGCGAAGUUCAAAAAUUAACACAGGAUGAUAUACUGAUAUUCCUUAAAAAUGACAGUAUAGAAGCCGCUCAGAGUGCUAGCCAAGAAGUGCGCAGCCAUCACGUACCCCAUGUGGACAUGGUAUUUGAUACAGAUGAUGCAGCUUACAACUUUUACAAUGAGUAUGCCUCAAUUGCUGGUUUUUCUGUGAUCAAAGCAUCUCGAUAUUGUGGCAAGAAACAAGGAGGCAGUGCAGCAACUCGGGUAACUUUCAAGUGCAAUCGGUCAGGAAGAGUAAUUGAUGAAGAAGAACAAGAGAAUAGGAAGAAGAAACGACGUGACACAAGGCAACAGAAAACAGGACAAGAGCCCUAUCGCAACGCAAGGAAGAAAAAAGCAAACACCAUUGCAAUAACAGGGUGUAAAGCUCAGCUCAUUGUCACCAAGAAGGAUGAGAAGUGGGUGAUAACAACCAUAAACCUACAGCACAACCAUGAUUUGAGUCCUCACACAGAAGUGAAAUACCUUCGUUCUCAUAACUACAUGACAGAGGAGGAGAAACUCCUAAUCCGAACUUUCAAUGCUGUGAAGCUACCAACAAGACAAAUAAUAGCAAUCCUAAGUUACUUGAGAGGCGGGAACACUCCUUACACCAAAAAGUAUGUAAGCAAUGUUAGAACAGCCAUUGGCAAAGAGAGCAAUCAAAAUGACAUGAUGCAGGUGCUAACAUAUUUCAGGAAGAGACAAGCUGAAGAUCCACAAUUUUACUAUGCGUUCAAAACAACUAAAGUCUCUGAUGACGCAAGUAAAGUUUUGUGCAUUUUCUGGGCUGACGGGUAUUCUAGGAAAAUGUACGAGCUGUACGGAGACUGCCUCAGCUUCGACACAACAUUCAAGACAAAUAGAUACAACCUCCCAUUUGCUCCCUUUGUUGGUGUCACAGGACAUGGCCAGAACUGUUUCUUUGCUUGCUCUAUCAUAGAGAAUGAAACAGCUGACACCUUUCAAUGGUUGUUUGAGACAUUCUUGCAUUGCAUGGGUGGGAAAUCUCCGUCCACAAUCAUAACAGACGAGGAUGCUGGGAUGAAGACAGCUAUCCCUUUAGUUUUCCCGCAUAUCUUCCACAGGCGUUGUUUGUUUCAUAUUAAAAAGAAGGCUGAGGAAAAAUGUACUAGGACUUUUGCAGCAAAUAAAACACUGCAUGAUGAUUUCAGUGACAUCAUUCACAACUCUCUGACGGUGGCUGAGUUUGAGCAAUUGUGGACAGAGAUGAUCCAGAGAUACAACAUUGGGCAUGUGAAGUAUUUCCAAAUCAUGUGGAAGAAAAGGAAAAGGUUUGUCCCUGUGUAUUUCAAGACGGACUUCUUCCCCUUCAUUCAUUCUACUGCGCGUAGUGAAGGCACCAACGCCAUUUUCAAGGACAACAUCACGUCAACUCACAAUGUGAUCAGCUUCCUCCAAGAGUACCAGAAGAUUUCAGAAACCAUACAAGAUAAGGAGAGGGAGCAAGACUCUAUCACAAGAACAACUUCGCCGACAUUCUGGGCACGAAGUGAGCUUGAGAUACAAGCUGCAAAAAUGUACAACAGAAAGAUAUUUUACAGAUUCCAAAAGCAGAUAAAGUUUGUGCUGAAUUUGCAUGUUGAAGAGGUUGAGAGAAAUGUGAAAUAUGAAGUCUACAAGACACCAAUGCUAGCUGAAAAGGAUUUCAGAACGCGAAGAUUUGUUGUGAUUGUGAACUUGCAGCAACAGUUGUUCAGUUGUAUCUGUGGGAAAUUUCAGAAAGAUGGCAUUGUGUGUUGCCAUGUCUUGAGAGUCCUUUCUCAUCUCAACAUGUCUGUGUUGCCAGAAAAAUAUUACAUAGACAGGUGGAGGCCAAAAAAUAAAAAGGACAUACGGGACAUCCGUUUCAAUGUUCCUUUGGAACUAACUGCUGGAAGUCAACACUUAAGGUAUACCCUUCUAUCCAACAGGCUCAAUGAGAUGGCCUCGGACGGUGCAUCAACAAACAGAAAAUAUCUGUAUGUUGUAGCAGAAUGUGAAGGGGUGCAACAAAGGUUGGACGAGAUGACUAAAGAGGAUGAACUUGCAGAAGCGCAACAAGCAAAUGUUGACAAGGACACAACAGAGACUGAUGCAGCACCGCAUCCUGAUGGUUAUGGAGACAAACUUCAAGAUCCCGAUGUUGCAGUGUCAAAAGGGCGUCCACAAAAAGGACGUUACAAAACUUUCAUGGAAAGUUUGGCAUCUAAACAGAAAGUCACAUGCAGUCGGUGUGGGAAGCCUGAUCAUUAUAAAAGUUCUUGUACUACAAGUACUGAAGAUGUCAAUUUGGCUCAGAGAGAGAAACAUUACAAAAAGGUCUUGUAG